AACCACCUUGCGCAUGCGCCCCAGCUCCCGGAGGUACGCUACCGUGUGCGGAUGGUCUCGGUGAAGAUGCAAGGCUGCGGUGGCGGCGUGACAGGCCUGCGCUACCAGUGCGCCCGUGGGCCAGGAGAAAGGAGCCUGCGCUAGGUCCUUUCGUAACACUAAGUACUGUACAAGGAUCUGCGGCUCCGCCCCAGAGCCUGCCAUCUUCCUGACCAUCUGAAUGGCCGAGCCUACUCUGCGGUGCAUGCUGGGAUAUGGGUGGAGCCGUGGGCGCCGCCAUGUUUUUGUACGGCGGAAAGCGCAAAGCAUGCUGGGGUCGGUGGGUUGCGUUUUUGAAGAACGCCCUGGGCGGGAAUUCUUAAACUGGAUCCUGAAGAGGAAGCAAGACUCGGCGGUAGACGGAGUAGCCGUCCUGCACAGCUCCUUCGGUGUUCGCGGGGAAGCCCGGCUGCAUCGGAGUGGCCACGGCGGUGAGGGAAAGGGCGUUUGGGUCCGGGUUCAACUUGCCCUGUCCGGCCAGCUUCGUAGGAAAAAGCACUUGAGACGCGAAAGAGGAGAUGGAGUCUGCGAAUUCUUUGUGUCAAGGCGGAGAGUGCAAAGGAGGUGUUUUAGCUCACCUGGAAAGACUAGAGGCCCAGAUGAACAGAUGGGAUAGAAAGUCUGAAGAGCCGGCCGUUCCCACAAAGGAACAUUCUCUUAGAGCCAAGAUUCAGGAACUGCAGAGACAGCGAGAUCAGCUGAGGGCUGAAGUGAAGGGACGGCAAGCCAGAGUAAAAGCAUCUUCGGCCAAUGAAGACUUAAACCAAACAGUGGAGAUCAGUGAGCAGGAGGUUCUGGAAAGGCAAUGGAGAAACGUGAAAGCCAUUCUGCAGGCCUAUCGGUUUACAGGGCUCAGCGGGAAGCUGACCAGCCGUGGAGUCUGUGUGUGCAUUAGCACUGCCUUUGAAGGGAACCUACUGGAGUCCUACUUUGUCGACCUCGUCAUAGGGAAGCCACUCCGGAUACACCACCAUUCCAUCCCAGCCUUCAUCCCUCUAGAAAAGAUAGCCACAGCAUACCUACAGACUGAUAUCCAGCGCUUCCUGUUCUGUCUCUGCGAGUACCUGAACGCCUACUCGGGGAGGAAGUACCAGACAGACCAACUGGAGACUGACUUCAGCGCCUUCCUCACUGGACCUUUGCAGAGAAACGCCCUGUGCAACUUGCUGUCAUUUACCUAUAAAGUGGAUCACGAGCGCCAGACCUCCUCCUUCAGUGCCAGAUUGCUGUAUGAGGACCUCACAGCAACUGUCCCCACAGACGUCACCGUGACGUGUGCAGGGGUGGCAGCAUCGUCCGCUCGUUGGGAAGAGCUCAGAACGUCCCAUGAAAUGCUCUUCCGAGCCAAGCCCCUGCACCAGGUGUUCGCUUCAUUUUCCAAACCAGUUGAAAGGCUGGAUUUGAGCCUAGUCUCCUGAAAAACUGCUAUUGGGGAUACAUCCGAAGUGAAUCGGUUCGUGCUGCCUGCAGUCCAGGACCUGUCAACAAAGCUGUGCAGAGCGGAUGCUUGCCUGGACACCACCCUUGCCAUGAGACUAGACACCCACUUCGUCGCUUGUUGAGUUC